GCCAGGAGCUUCCUUAUUCCUUCAGGGAGUGUAUCUUGCCGUCAAACACGGGCCCAAGCGCCUGGCUCGCGGCGUACCGCGCGGCCGGUACGCGCGUCGCCUUUGGCGCAGUCCCGAGGAAUGAAGUGCUGAGGCGGCAGGGCCGUCGCGACACGUCGCCCAUGGAUCUGGGCGACAUGCCCUUCGGGGUCUUCGAACCACCCCCCGCACGCUUCAGCGAGCGGAUGAAGUUCCUCCCUAUUGCCUACGUGGUCUUGGCGAUGCUGAUGCUGGGUUCCAUCUACCUGUGCCAACACAUUUUCCCACUCUUGACACAGAAGGACGCCUUCCACCCGGAUCCUCGUGCAGAGUUCCGAGGUUGGUGUCAGCUGGCGAUUUUCGUGCCCACCACAGUGAUGCUGGUGAUCUGCUAUGUGACGAGGGGAGAACGCUGGGGUGGGUCGGAGGAGCAGUCUUUUGUUGCCACCGAGUAGCGAUCCAGAGAUCUUCCCCAAUUCGAUUUGGGAGUCGUUUUUCGGGAUAUCGAAAUCAUAUGCAGAGAUGCUUUGGUGCAGACCAGGGCCCAGGCCGACUGAAAAGAAGAACCAUCCACAAGCAAAGUUUGCUUCGCACUAUCCGGACGCUGCUGCACCCUGGGCUGGGUCGGGUCUGUGCUUUCAGUCUUGUUUGUUCUGCGAUACUUCUCCAAACCGAUGGGAAUGGGGCCGACGGGCUCGACGGGCGUGUGAAGGCCGUUGCGGUCUAUCCCACUCGCUGUUUUCUGCAGGUACGGAGCAUCUUGACGCACCCGGGAGAAAUCCCAGAGGAUCCCAAAUGGGAGUACCUGCCACGACAGCAGAAUGCGGCGCCCUUGACUGUCCAAGAGACGAAGAGAAGUGGAGAACGCAGGCACUGCAAGUGGUGUGGCAAGUUCAAGCCAGAUCGCUGUCACCACUGCAGGGUUUGUCGCACAUGUGUUCUGAAGAUGGACCACCACUGCCCCUGGAUCUACAACUGUGUUGGUUUCUAUAACUACAAGUUCUUCAUUCUGCUUCUUGUCUACUCAGCCAUUGAUUGCUAUUUGAUCUUAUUCACUAUGGCGGAGUCUGUACAUCGUUGCAUCUACGAUGGCGCCGCCGCCUUUGGAGACUUGUUUUUGGUCUUCUUCGGGCAGUUCUUAGCGCUUGUUCUUGCCGGCUUGGUUUCGGCCUUCCUUGGCAUGCACCUAUGGCUCAUCGCACGUGGAAUGACCACAAUCGAGUUCUGCGAGAAGUUUGUGCCAAAGGAUGGGUCAAGCAAGGCUUUUGCGAACAGCCUGUAUGAUCUUGGUGUCUUUAGAAACUUCAAAGCCACGAUGGGGCAGAAUGUUGCCGUUUGGUUUCUACCGAUUGGAGUACCAGAUGGCGAUGGCUUGACAUUCCUUUGCGAUGAGACCCGCCUGACGCAGGACCAUGAUGCGUUUUGUAAGACGCCUGAGCCCUCGCAGCUUUCCAGGCCGCCGUGGACAUUGUACGGAACUGAAAGAUGGGUGGAUCAACCAAUAGACUCGCCCUGA